AUGAUAGAGCUGAGAAAGGGUGAGUACAGGAUGAUAGAGCUGAGAAAGGGUGAGUACAGGAUGACAGAGCUGAGAAAGGGUGAGUACAGGAUGAUAGAGCUCAGAAAGGGUGUGUACAGGAUGACAGAGCUGAGAAAGGGUGAGUACAGGAUGAUAGACCUGAGGAGGGGUGAGUACAGACCGUCAGAGCUGAGAAAGGGUGAGUACAGGAUGACAGAGUUGAGACAGGGGGAGUACAGGAUGACAGAGCUGAGAAAGGGUGAGUACAGGAUGACAGAGCUGAGAAAGGGUGAGUACAGGAUGACAGAGCUGAGAAAGGGUGAGUACAGGAUGACAGAGCUGAGAAAGGGUGAGUACGGGAUGACAGAGCUGAGAAAGGGUGAGUACAGGAUGACAGAGCUGAGAAAGGGGGAGUACAGGAUGACAGAGCUGAGGAGGGGUGAGUACAGGAUGACGGAGCUGAGGAGGGGUGAGUACAGGCUGAUAGAGAUGAGGAGGGGUGAGUACAGGAUGACAGAGAUGAGGAGGGGUGAGUACAGGCUGAUAGAGCUGAGGAGGGGUGAGAACAGGAUGACAGAGUUGAGGAGGGAUGAGUACAGGAUGAUAGAGAUGAGGAGGGGUGAGUACAGGCUGAUAGAGCUGAGGAGGGGUGAGUACAGGAUGACAGAGCUGAGGAGGUGUGAGUACAGGAUGAUAGAGAUGAGGAGGGAUGAGUACAGGAUGAUAGAGAUGAGGAGGGGUGAGUACAGGCUGAUAGAGCUGAGAAAGGGUGAGUACAGGAUGACAGAGCUGAGAAAGGGUGAGUACAGGAUGACAGAGCUGAGAAAGGGUGAGUACAGGAUGACAGAGCUGAGGAGGGGUGAGUACAGGAUGACGGAGCUGAGGAGGGAUGAGUACAGGAUGAUAGAGCUGAGAAAGGGUGAGUACAGGAUGACAGAGCUGAGAAAGGGUGAGUACAGGAUGACAGAGCUGAGAAAGGGUGAGUACAGGAUGACAGAGCUGAGAAAGGGUGAGUACAGGAUGACAGAGCUGAGAAAGGGUGAGUACAGGAUGACAGAGCUGAGAAAGGGUGAGUACAGGAUGACAGAGCUGAGAAAGGGUUUGUACAGGAUGACGGAGCUGAGGAGGGGUGAGUACAGGAUGACGGAGCUGAGGAGGGGUGAGUACAGGAUGACAGAGUUGAGGAGGGGUGAGUACAGGCUGAUAGAGCUGAGGAGGGGUGAGAACAGGAUGACAGAGUUGAGGAGGGAUGAGUACAGGAUGAUAGAGAUGAGGAGGGGUGAGUACAGGCUGAUAGAGCUGAGGAGGGGUGAGUACAGGAUGACAGAGCUGAGGAGGUGUGAGUACAGGAUGAUAGAGAUGAGGAGGGGUGAGUACAGGCUGAUAGAGAUGAGGAGGGAGCUGAGGAGGGAUGAGUACAGGAUGACAGAGCUGAGGAGGGGUGAGUACAGGAUGAUAGAGAUGAGGAGGGAUGAGUACAGGUUGACAGAGCUGAGGAGGGGUGACUACAGGCUGAUAGAGAUGAGGAGGGAUGAGUACAGGCUGAUAGAGCUGAGAAAGGGUGAGUACAGGAUGAUAGAGCUGAGGAGGGGAGAGUACAGGCUGAUAGAGCUGAGGAGGGAUGAGUACAGGAUGAUAGAGAUGAGGAGGGAUGAGUACAGAAUGACAGAGCUGAGGAGGGAUGAGCUGAUAGAGCUGAGGAGGGGUGAGUACAGGAUGAUAGAGCUGAGAAAGGGUGAGUACAGGAUGACAGAGCUGAGAAAGGGUGAGUACAGGAUGACGGAGCUGAGAAAGGGUGUGUACAGGAUGACAGAGCUGAGAAAGGGUGAGUACAGGAUGACAGAGCUGAGAAAGGGUGAGUACAGGAUGACAGAGCUGAGAAAGGGUGAGUACAGGAUGACGGAGCUGAGAAAGGGUGUGUACAGGAUGACAGAGCUGAGAAAGGGGGAGUACAGGAUGACAGAGCUGAGAAAGGGUGAGUACAGGAUGACAGAGCUGAGAAAGGGUGAGUACAGGAUGACAGAGCUGAGAAAGGGUGAGUACAGGAUGACAGAGCUGAGAAAGGGUGUGUACAGGAUGACAGAGCUGAGAAAGGGUGAGUACGGGAUGACAGAGCUGAGAAAGGGUGUGUACAGGAUGACAGAGCUGAGAAAGGGGGAGUACAGGAUGACAGAGCUGAGAAAGGGUGUGUACAGGAUGACGGAGCUGAGGAGGGAUGAGUACAGGAUGAUAGAGAUGAGGAGGGAUGAGUACAGGAUGAUAGAGAUGAGGAGGGAUGAGUACAGAAUGACAGAGCUGAGGAGGGAUGAGUACAGGAUGAUAGAGCUGAGGAGGGGUGAGUACAGGUUGAUAUAG